UCUCUCUCUAGUUGCCAAAUCGGAGCGGCAGCAACGACAGAUCCAAUACAUAUAGGUUCCAUUGCAUCACACAUCAGUCACUCCAAAACCAUCAAAUCACACGCCCAUCAGAUCACACAGGCAAAGAGGAGAGAGAGAGAGAGGAGGGUGGGUGAGGAGGAAGAUGAUGAGAGAUAUAUCCUACUAAACUAUCCAUCCAUCCAUCAAUCAGGUAGCCCGGCAGCAAUCGCGUGCCGCCUUUCCACUCACGUACACCACCACCACCACCACCUCUCAGCACAGCAGUCGGCUCGGUUCGUUCGUUGCCGCGUCAAAUCGGGGCAAGAAGCCAGCAGCUAGCCAGCCCCCUGUCGCAGUGUUGCUUCGCGUGCCCUGCUGUUGCUUGCACCGCGCACGUACGUACCUGGAGCAAGCUGCGGUCGAUUGAUCGACCGGUGGUUCGCUGUCGCCGCGGUCGGCAUGUCGUCCUCGUCCUCGUCCUCCUCGGCCGCCACGGUGUUCCCGCCGUCCCCGCAGCUGCCGCCGCCUCUCCUGGUGGAGAACCUGCCGCCGCUGCAUCAGCUUACGCCGCCGGUAGCCGCGGCGGCCGCGCCGGCCUCCGAGCAGCUCUGCUACGUGCACUGCCACUUCUGCGACACCGUCCUCGUCGUGAGCGUGCCUACGAGCAGCCUGUUCAAGACGGUGACGGUACGAUGCGGCCACUGCAGCAGCUUGCUCACCGUCAACAUGAGGGGCCUCCUCUUCCCGGGCACGCCGGCGAACACAGCCGCGGCCGCCGCGGCCGCGCCGCCACCACCACCAGCUGCUGCUGUCACCAGUACUACCGCCACCAUGACCACGGCGCCGCCGCCGCCGCCAGCCACCUCGGUCAACAACAACGGGCAGUUCCACUUCAUCCCCCACUCGCUCGACCUCGCGCUGCCCAUCCCUCCCCACCAAUCCCUCCUGCUGGACGAGAUAUCCAGCGCCGCGAACCCGAGCCUGCAGUUGCUGGAGCAGCACGGCCUCGGCGGCAUGAUUACCAGCGGCAGGAACGCGGCCGCGCCGCACCCGCACCCGCCCCAGCCCCAGGCGCCUGCAGCGGGUAAAGGGGCCAAAGAGCCGUCGCCGCGCGCUAACUCCGCCAUCAACAGACCUCCGGAGAAGAGGCAGCGCGUGCCGUCGGCGUACAACCGCUUCAUCAAGGACGAAAUCCAACGCAUCAAGGCUGGCAAUCCCGACAUCUCGCACAGGGAGGCCUUCAGCGCGGCGGCCAAGAACUGGGCGCACUUUCCACACAUCCACUUUGGACUCAUGCCAGAUCACCAGGGGCCCAAGAAGACAAGCCUGCUACCUCAGGAUCACCAGAGAAGCGACGGCGGCGGGCUACUAAAGGAAGGGCUGUACGCUGCGGCAGCCAACAUGGGGGUUGCUCCAUACUAAUAUUAGAGUAGCAAAGCUGCUACGUACUGUUAGGGCUCUAUGGACUACUACGAAGCUAUGGACGUGUUUGGUAGGCUGCAUAUGGGCCGGCCAGGCUGGUAAGAUACAGCGUACGCUUGUUUGGUUGCU